AUGGAAGUUGAGCAAAAAAUCCAGCCAGAAGUAGAAAUUAUAGAAGCAGAAGCACCAGCAGAAGUAGUUGAGAAGGUGCAGGAGAAGAUAGUCUUUGGAGUGGCCCAUAUUUACGCCUCCCACAAUGACACCUUUGUCCACAUAACUGAUUUGACAUCCAGAGAAACCAUAUGCAGAAUAACUGGAGGUAUGAUUGUUAAAACAGAUAAAGACGAGAGCAGUCCAUAUGCUGCUAUGUUUGCCGCCCAGAGAGCUGCAGAGCAGGCAAAGGCUGCAGGUUUCAAUGCUGUGCACGUAAGAGUAAGAGCCAGCGGAGGAGUAAAGACAAAGACCCCAGGACCAGGAGCACAGAGUGCACUCAGAUCUCUUGCUAGAAAUGGGCUAAGAAUUGGAAGAAUUGAGGAUGUCACACCAAUUGCAGCUGAUAGAACAAGAAAGAAGGGAGGAAGACGUGGAAGAAGACUAUAA